UUGAAGUUUUGGGAAUGUUGUAAAAACGUUCUCUCAUCUCUGCAGGUGUUCCAAUGGAGACAGUUGGAGAAUCUGUACUUCAGGGAGAAGAAGUUCUCAGUGGAAGUCCAUGAUCCAAGAAGGGCGUCGGUAACGCGGAGGACGUUUGGUCACAGUGGCAUCGCCGUGCACACCUGGUACGCCUGUCCCACCCUCAUCAAAUCCAUCUGGGCCAUGGCCAUCAGUCAACACCAGUUCUACCUGGACCGCAAACAGAGCAAGAGUAAGAUCCACGCAGCACGCAGUCUGAAUGAGAUAGCCAUAGACCUGACAGAAACAGGAACCCUCAAGACCUCCAAACUGGCCAACAUGGGCAGCAAAGGCAAAAUCAUCAGCGGCAGCAGUGGAAGCCUGCUGUCCUCAGGCUCUCAAGAGUCAGACAGCUCCCAGACCGCUAAGAAGGACAUGUUGACAGCUCUGAGGGCCAGACAGGAAGCUCUGGAGGAGACGCUGAGAAAGAGAAUAGAGGAACUCAAGAGCAUUUGCAUCAGAGAAGCGGAGCUGACAGGAAAACUUCCAAAAGAGUACCCUCUCGACCCCGGGGAGGAGCCGCCCACCAUCAGACGCAAAAUCGGCACCGCCUACAAACUGGACGAGCAGAAGAUCCUGCCCAAAGGAGAGGAAGAGGAGUUGGAGCGUUUGGAAAGGGAAUUUGCCAUCCAGUCCCAGAUAACGGAGGCAGCGCGACGGUUAGCAUCCGAUCCUCACAUCAGCAGCAAAAAGUUGAAGAAACAGAGGAAGACGUCAUAUCUGAAUGCUCUGAAGAAGCUGCAAGACAUCGAGAACGGCAUCAACGAGUACCGUGUUCGCUCUGGGAAGAAACCCACACAACGUGCAUCUCUAAUCAUAGAGGAAGCGAAUAUCGGCUCAGAGGACAGCUCACUGUCUGACGCCCUGGUGCUGGAUGAUGACGACCCCCAGGUGACAGGAACCCCUACGUUCUCUCCGGCUGCCUCCCCACACAAAGGUCUCCCUCCCCGACCCCCGUCCCACAGCCGACCGCCUCCCCCACAGUCCCUGGACGGACUGAGACACCUGCAUUUCCAACGCAGUGACUAUGACAAGUCCCCAAUCAAACCGCGCAUGUGGAGCGAAAGCUCAUUAGACGAACCCUACGAACGGGUGAAGAAACGCUCCUCACACUCCAGUAGUCACAGGCGGUUCCCCAGCACAGGCAGCUAUGAGGCGGGAGGGAGCAACUCUCUCCAGAACAGCCCUGUGCGCUCCCUCCCUCACUGGAACAGCCAGUCCAGCAUGCCCUCCACCCCUGACCUGAGAACACGGAGCUAUGUGCACUCGGCCAGUUUAACUCAGCCAUUCCGUGGCCGAAGUUCCAGUUUGGAGUCUCAGGGGAAGCUGCUAUCCUUGGAGGUGGACACAGAGGCGGGACUUAGCCCUGACCUGUUUCUGUCAGGACCACAGAGGACAGGAAGCAAUGGCUCUGUUGUCCCCGACGACUGCUCAUCUUGCACCAGCCACUCCAGUUCAGAACAUUACUACCUCUCAUCCACCUCCAACCCUAACUACUGUACGCUGGCUGAGGACUCGCCCUCCAAAGCCCGACAGCGGCAGCGUCAACGUCACAAGUCUGCCGGACACUUGGGCGCGUCCAGUUCUGGCAGCAUGCCCAACCUGGCGGCCCGCAAUGGGAGCACCCACGGAGGUGUGUGCGGUAGCCACCAGGGUGUGUACCUUCACAGCCAGAGCCAACCCUCCUCGCAGUAUCGCAUCAAAGAGUACCCGCUGUACACGGAGGGCAGCAGCCCCAGCGCCGUGGUUGUCCGCAGCCUGGAGAAUGACCAGGAGGGGCACUACAGUGCUGGUCAGUGGUGUCUUACAGUGGAGUCUCUGUGUGUUUCAGCUGCAUCUCCACACAGUCAGAGGAGUGGAACUCCCUGCAGUGACCCUGCAGCUACACCCCCCUGCAGCCCACAACACAUACUCAACUGGCAGAGCGGAUCGCCAUUCUCCGAUAGUUGUUUCCUGAGCAGUCCCCUGUGCUCUGAGAUAGUGGACGUACAGUGGUAUGGGCACGAGAAGGCAAAGCCGGGAACGCUCGUCUAAACCGUCAUCCCUCAUCCCUCUCUCUUUAAAAGAGUGUUCAGAAGGCAGGUCUGACCACAGUCUGGACCUCAACUCAUCCGAAAACACCUAUGGCUGGAGCCAGUACCACCUCGACCUCUCCUUCCACUCUGUCAUUCUGUAUAUCCGGCGGUACAGUGCUUAUGAACUAUGGGAAUACAAGAGUCUAAAUGACUGAGCUUGACCUUGUCUGACCCUCCCACUCUGACUUUUCAACUUCGACCCAGUUAGUUGGCAGCCAGUUCCUCCGUAUGCACAAACCCUCCGUGUUUAAUCCAUCGCUGGAUCAGUGUGCAUUAGAGCGAUGUCAAAUGCGCGUUGUACUAUAAGUGAACCCCACUCGUGCACACACACAUGCUAAAAUAGACAUUCGUCCCCUGCUGUUGUGUGUGUCCCUCUGCACUGAUGUCAGAGAGCCGGCGUCGUUCUCUCUCAUGCACAAAAAAACAUUCCGAUGGAUUGCUUUGGCGUCAACCAUCUUUGUAGAUCUUUAUGUUCUCAGUUCUGUAAAAAAAAAAAACAGUAUGUGACCACAAGCCCCUCCUUCGUCCUACAAUGCCACUCCUCAUUGGACCGGAGUGCAUCAUAAGCCCCUCCCACUGUUUGUGAACUUUGAUACUUUGUGAAUAACAAUAGAGCAUUUAAAAAAGGCAGAAGCCUUUUUUCGGCUGUUCUGGAUUGAAAGAUGAGCCCUGAUAUCAUAUCGCUCAAGAUUACUACGUCA